CCAUAAUCCCAAUCAAGAUGGAGAAGAAGCCGCCGUCGGACUUCUUGAAGAGCGUGCUGGGUCGUCCCGUCGACGUCAAGCUGAACAACGGAGUCGAGUACAAAGGCGUAUUGGCGUGCUUGGACGGAUUCAUGAACAUCGCGAUGGAGCAGACGCAAGAGUUCGUCAAUGGCCAGCUCAAAGCACAGUACGGCGACUGCUUCAUUCGAGGGAACAACGUGCUAUAUAUUUCCGCGUCCAAGUAGAUGAUUGCACCCGACGAAGUCGGCGACUUCACAGCUGCGACCCCAACACGAUACGUUUUUAAUCACGACGUCGCUGACCCAUGCUCGACACAUCUCGCCCGUGUCUUGAGAAAGUCAAAGAUUUCUAGCUGCGCGUGCUCAAAAAUGCAUGCUAUCGCAAUGUACGACUGCUGACUUUGCGUCGAGCCCGUCACGCUUGUUUCUUGAGGCUCAAAAAGUAGUGAAACCCGGUGCUCUUGGCAUACCCGAGUGCCUCGUACAAACCUUGUCCAACGUAGUUGUCGUGGUCGGUCUCCAGAGAUAGUCCCUUGGCCCCGUCGGCCUGUGCAAAGUCCCGUGCGUGGUUCAUUAAGAGCUUG